AAAAAAAAAUAGUAGAAUAUAUAAGUUUAAAAUUAAAUAUUAAAUAUGUUAAAAAAAGAAUAAAUUAUUAUAAAUUAUUAAUACAUUGCAAAAAACAAAUAAAUCUUAAUAUUCUUAAUAAAAUAAAAUUCUCUUACAUCUUAUUAUUUAAGAGAAUUUUUUAUAACUAAUUAAUUAAUUAAUAUCUCACAUUUAAAUAAAAAUAAAAAAAAGUAAAAAAAUUCAUACAUUCAUAUUCUAUUCCCAUUUAUUAUUUGCCUUUUUAUUUGUUCAAAUUUUGGAUAUUAAGUUCAAUAAUAAAAAACAAAAUAUUAUUAUUUCACGUUAUUUAAUCUUUCAUCUAAUUAUGUAUCAAUUUCCUAUGAGAAAAAAAAGGAACACUGAUAUAUUUUUCGCAUGAAUGGAAACUAGAAGUAAAUACACAGCUACACUGUUACAUUGAUUAAUCAAGUAGAGUUCGGUCGUCAUUGUUCCCACCUUCGACCAUUAUGGACCUCUACGAUUAAUCCUACCACCAGUAAGCGGACAUAUAUAAGUGCCAUGAGCCAGAGGACUUUUACAAUCGUACAACUAAUAGCAGCUAACACGUCCAGCAAUCAUGAAGGUCUCAAUAGUUUGUUUGGUCCUUAUGGCGGCCAUUGUCCUUGUGGCUGCUCGUCCAGAUGAAUCUUCAUAUACAUCUAAAUUUGACAAUAUUAAUGUGGAUGAAAUUCUGCAUAGUGAACGUUUGUUGAACAAUUACUUCAAGUGUUUGAUGGAUGAAGGAAGAUGCACAGCAGAAGGAAAUGAACUUAAACGAGUCUUGCCUGAUGCUCUGGCCACCGAUUGCAAAAAAUGCUCUGAGAAGCAACGAGAGGUGAUCAAGAAAGUGAUCAAGUUCUUGGUCGAGAAUAAGCCAGAAUUGUGGGAUUCCCUUGCCAACAAAUACGACCCAGACAAGAAGUACAGAGUCAAAUUCGAGGAAGAAGCGAAGAAGCUCGGCAUUAAUGUUUAAUUCAAUAAAUUGAGAAUCAUCAUUGAAGAUUCAUUUAUAAAAUUAUUCGAAAUCUUGAUAUAUAUGUAGACGAUAUAAUAAGCAGUUGUAGUAAAUAUGAAAGAAGCGGAAAACAAUCUCGACGUGACAAUUAGUGUAAGUUUAUAACAGGAAUAAAAUCGUCUUUUGUGAAUUAAUGAACUGUUUGUUUUUGAAAAAAAAAAAAAAAAAAAUUCCAACGAGGGGAUCAGUUGACCAGACGUGAUAAAAUUUUAAAUUCGUUUUCCUGUUUUCAAUUUCAUGCACGAAAAAAAAAAGCAUUAUUUCGUACGAUUUCGUAUUCAUCGUGCGAUAUAUGGUCAUCCAUCGUAUCAUUUUAGAACCGGUAAGAAAUAUCGAACGACGACUGAUUAUAUAAUUUUGAAAGCGAUCUUUGUAAUUUUAAUAAUUCAAUCUCGAUAUGAAGUUCUCUAUAAUUUUCCUCGUGUAAUGUUUAUUGACAGAAGAAGUCUCAUUACAAAGUAUUUACAAAGUAAGUUAUCAUAGCAUUAAAAUGCAUAAGUAAUUAAAUUUUUUAGCCGUGAUUUUUUUCAAAUGAUCGGAUAAUUUUUUAUUAAAAUAUUUUUUAUCGUAUAAUUAAAUGAUUGGAAUUUUGAUUUAGAUACAGAUGAUAUUUUGAAUAAAAUUAAGGUAAUUAUA